AUGGAGGCCAAUCCUUCUCAUACUAUUAUCACUUCUGAACUUGAUCAUGCUCUAAAUACCCCCUUGCUGAAUCUGCAAUCAAGAGUGCACAAUAGCCAUAAACCAUUAAAGGGUAUCUUUGUGAUAUUUGGCUCAAUUGUUUUCUUAAUGUCAUUGUUGGCAAUCAUCAUAAACCAGAGCCAAAAUUCCUUGGAGAAGUUGGAGAACAACACCCCAGAAACUACCCCAUUUUCUAACAUCUCCAACAAGUCAGAAUUGCCUAGAGGGGUUGCUCAAGGAGUUUCAGCCAAGUCCAAUCCACCUCUUUUCCAAAAGGAUUCAUAUAAUUGGACAAAUGCCAUGUUCUAUUGGCAAAGAACAGCGUUUCAUUUUCAACCAGAAAAAAAUUGGAUGAAUGAUCCUGACGGUCCACUAUUUCACAUGGGGUGGUACCAUCUAUUUUACCAAUAUAAUCCUGAUUCAGCUGUGUGGGGCAACAUUACAUGGGGUCAUGCUGUUUCUAGGGAUAUGAUUCAUUGGCUCUAUCUUCCCAUUGCAAUGUUCCCUAACAAGUGGUUCGAUAUCAAUGGUGUAUGGACCGGGUCAGCCACGAUUUUGCCAGGUGGCAAAAUCAUAGUGCUCUACACUGGUGAUACCAAUGAGUAUGUGCAAGUCCAAAACCUUGCUUAUCCUGCCAACCUAUCUGAUCCUCUUCUCCUUGACUGGGUCAAAUAUCCGGGUAACCCGGUUUUGGUACCCCCACCCGGCAUCGGCCCAAAGAAUUUUCGUGACCCGAGCACGGCUUGGAUUGGGCCAGAUGGAAAAUGGAGAGUCACCGUUGGAUCAAAGAAAGGGGAAACAGGGCUUUCAUUAAUUUAUAAAACCAAAGAUUUCAUAAACUUUGAGCAAAAUGAUCACUACUUACAUGCGGUUCCGGGUACGGGUAUGUGGGAAUGUGUGGAUUUUUACCCGAUUUCAAUAAACGGGUCCAAGGGUUUGGAAACAUCAGUUAAUGGUCCACAAGUUAAGCACGUGCUAAAGGCUAGUAUGAAUAAGGCAAGGGUUGAUUGUUAUGCACUUGGGACCUAUUUUGUUGAAAAUGAUACAUGGGUGCCCGAUAACCCGGUUGAGGAUGUGGGUAUUGGGUUGCUUUUGGAUCAUGGGAGAUACUAUGCUUCAAAGACUUUCUAUGAUCAAGUUAAAGAGAGAAGGAUCCUGUGGGGUUGGAUUAAUGAAACUGAUACAAAAAGUGAUGACUUGAGAAAGGGUUGGGCAUCUCUUCAGACAAUUCCAAGAACAGUGCUGUUUGACAACAAGACUAGAACAAAUUUGCUUCUGUGGCCAGUAGAAGAAAUAGAGAGCUUAAGAGUAAGCAGUGAUGAAUUUGAAGGAGUUGUUGUUAAACCUGGCUCUACUGUGCCAUUGAACAUAACCUUAGCAACACAGUUGGACAUAUUCGCUGAAUUUGAGAUUGAAACAUUGGCAUCUGAAGGAAUUGGCAAGGACAAUGUAGGUUGUGGAAAGGGUGCUACAGAUAGAAGUGCUUUUGGACCAUUUGGCCUUUUGGCUAUUGCAGAUGACACACUUUCUGAACAAACUCCAAUUUAUUUCCGCCUUUCUAACACUAGCCUUAGUAGUUCAACCACUUUCUUCUGUGUUGAUGAAACUAGAUCAUCCAAGGCUCCUGAUGUUGCAAAGCCAGUGUAUGGAAGUAAAGUUUCAGUAUUAGAUGAUGAAAAAUUAUCAAUGAGGGUUUUGGUUGAUCAUUCAAUUAUUGAGAGCUUUGCUCAGGGAGGGAGAACUGUGAUCACAGCUAGAGUUUAUCCAACAGAAGCAAUAUAUGGAGCUGCAAGAUUAUUUCUAUUCAACAAUGCAACUGGCAUAAACAUUAAGGUCUCACUCAAGAUUUGGCAAUUGAACUCUGCCUUUAUACGACCCUUUCCCUUUGAUAAGAGUCAAUGAAAAGUGAAAAAAACUAUGCAUGUACUUUUGCAACCUAUUGAGGUAUUUCCCGUUGCCAUAGAGCAACAAGGAUUCAUGAAGCUGAUAAAUUAUGGUUGAGUUAUCCUUUACCUUGCUGGUGUCCCUGUGGUGAUUCAUUUUCUUAUCAUAUGAUUUACUUUUGUAAACU